UAUUAUAUAUUAUAAACUGAUAUAUAUAUAUAUGUGUGUAAUAUAUAUGCAUUCGUUUUUGGGUUUGCUUGUGCAAAGGAUUUAUUUUUGAAAAAUCUGUGAACUCUGUCCGCUUGAAAAGUUCCUGCUAUUUCAAACAAUAUUCGAGAAUGUUUUCAAUAAAAGUUUUUGAUAAUAGCACGAAUUUUAUGUUGCAUUUCGUUGGAAUAGCGGAUUCCAAGUAAUUUCUAUUUCAUUUAAGGAUUCUAUUAAUUGCCAUCUUCUCUAAGCAUUUUCUCCCUAAUUCGCGCUCAGGUCGCGCUCAAAAAUACAAACUCAUUUAUUAACGAAUUUUUAGCUUAACAAACUGAAUGUUCAACAUUGUUGAAACAUUGUUUCUCACGGUCGAAUUUAGAAUGAGAAAAUAUCCUAAUCGUAGCUUGUCCAUUCAACCUUAAAAAAAAACAACUUCGAGUGUCACCGUAUAGCCUUGAACAAAAAUGUCGAUCGUCAAAAAAGCGUGUCAAAUAUUUUCUUAGCUUUAUAUACAGGGUGUCCGAGAAAUCGUUGUACGACCAAUCGACUGAUAGUUGCGAAAAUAAAUCGAGAGGAAAGACUGACAUUUCCUCAUCUAACUCUUCGUUAAUCCUUCGUCAAACCUUCAUUAAGCCUUCGCCAAGUCUUCGAUGGCAAAAAGUAGAAUCGAUAGCUCACGAUCAGCCGCGCUAAUCGCCUCCUAUAUUCUAUAGCAUCGCUUUCGAGAUCAAUUUUUCCAAAGAGAGAAAACCUCGACCGAAGAAACGUCGUUCUUUCCGACUUACUUUCGCGUCUAUAAAAUCACUCGUCACCGAGCCCCGAUUUCUAGGACAUCCUGUACAACGUCUCAGCCUUACCAAAACGGGAUCUACUUAAAAAAGAGCGUCGGUUAGCUCUAUUCGCCGUUCGAUUAGAAAACGAGCCCGGUGUUCGCCGAGCGAGCCAAGAAAAAACAGCCCGAGAAAAGGAAAAACAGAGAAAAAGAAAAAGAAAAAAAAAUCGGAGAGAGAGCGAGAGAGCGAGAGAAACGAUUCGCCGGUGUUUCGCGGUUCCCCGCGCGAAAACCGCCGCCGUCAAAACGGCGUGUUUCGCCGCGGCGCGCAGGAUAGAACGAAAAGAAAAAAAAAACAGAAAAAAGAACUGUGCGCGCGAAGCGAAUUGUUGUUCUCUUGUAUGUGCCGUCGAAGUCCCCCGUAUACGAUUUAGCCGCGUCGUUAUCGUUUCACGAUGAUAACUGUCGCACACCUGUAAACCUACCGUGUGUAAUUUUACAGUGUUGUACACGACGAUGACCACGUUGCCGUACAUGGCCGCCGCGACGCCGGAACGGAGACGUCGGCGUUACACCGCGGCCGGCCUGAUGCCGCCUAGGAACACCGCGAGCCGAGAUCUCGCCGGGAAAGGCUGGAGCUUCCAUCGGGGCCUGAAGGGCGCCUACGACUACGGGGACCGGAACCGGCACCCCUGCCCGAAGUGUUUCCGCAGCUACAAGCACCGCAGCCACAUGAUCCGCCAUUACAAGUACGAGUGCGGCACGCCGCAGAGGUUCGAGUGUCCCUACUGCAAGCACCACCUGCGGCAGCGCACCCACGUCUGGACCCACAUCCGCACCUUCCACCCGAACAGCGAGCUCUACUGCGUCGACAUCGCGACGAACGCUAGGCUCACCCAUCAGGAGCACAGGACCGACAACAUAGGCCCGGGCACCUAUCUGUAGAUUUAGGGCGUUCGAGGGGGCGCGAGGGCUGCGCGAUCGCCGCGAGAAAUCGCGUUGUUUACCGGAGCGGAUCGAAAUUACUGUCUCCCGAAUGAACCAUUAAUUUCAUAUUUCCAAAAAAAAAUAAUUGUGGAUCAGUUCCAUCGAGGUUAUGUCUCAAGGUUGUGUCAAGGUUGAAUCUGUGCGCGGAUCAGGGAGAAACGACUGUGUAACAGCGGUAGGGAACGUCGACGGUGCGAAACAAGGACCUUGCACGAGGUCUGCCAGGAUAGAUUUAGAAUUAUACGUUCCUGUAUCGAAUUUAUAAAAGCUGAUCCAACAAGUUCUCUGUGAUCUCUGCAAUCUCCACUUUAUAUAUAUAUCUGUUCAUUCAGCGAAACUGCGAAAUGGCGCCCGUUGAUCGCCGACGGAAGACUGUACAGCUUGUAAAAAAAAACCAUCUUCGCGGGCCGCCGCCAGCGAACGGGCGGGUCACGCGCGACCCGUGUUGUGUCACACUUAAUAAACUUCUGUGGACCUUGCUGCGCAAGCAACCGGAGAAACAGCAAACAGAAAGCAAAAGUGCCAGUCGGUUGAGAAGAGAAGGAAUGGGAGAAACACGUACCGGGUGUUCCGGAAUUGUGUGCCACGACCGCCGCGACGGGAUUCCGCGUCUCCGGAUUCGCCGGAGAUCCGCUGAACGAGCUUCUUCGCGACGAAUUUUCGUCGAUCUUGAAAAUCGAGGUCGAAGCGUCGAAUUUUCUUUUCAGUGCAACGUUGCCGUACUCGUCGAGUGGAACAAGAGAUCGAAAGGAAGCAUGGGUUUCGAGUCAACAAUUUAUAUUAGAAGAGAAAAAGAAAAACGAUUUUGAAAGUAACAUAGAAAAAUUAUAUGAGGUUAAAAAUAAUUCUAGAAAAAAAGAGUAACGUUUAAGGCCUCUACGACAUUUUUAACAUCGUUUUUUAAAUAUAAAUUGUUAGUCUGGGACCCACGAUGCCCUCCAGAUGUUUGGACCCUCGACGAGCACCGUACACUGCAACGAAAGAAAAUGUCCGCCGAUUCAGAGGUGCAUAAUUCUGCCUCGGUGGUCGCGACAUAAUAUUUCGAAGCGAUCAAUAUCUCACACGAUCCUUGAAAUCCCGAGACCUCGUGUUCGUUUCUCCGCCCGUUGGAAUCUACAGGAUGUCCGUAAAAUGUCUCGCAAUUCGGAAAUUGAGAUUCCCGAGGCGAUUUGGAGUAACUUAUUCCUUUACGGAAAUGUUCUCCGAGGCAACGUUCGCGAGUUAUUAGCGAAAAACGCUGAUCAGUGAGAGGAAGCGCACGGCUAACGCCACGCCCUCGCCGCUGCGCCGGGCGGCCUGCGCAACGCGGCAUCGGCCGCGCGGGCGGAGCGCUGGCCGCGCUCGCUCUCUGAUUGGUCCACGUAUUCCGCGGGUAACUCGUAAACGGCACUUCGGAGAAAAUUUCUGUAAAGGAAAAAGUUGCUCCGAAUGAUCCCAGGAAUCCAUUCCCGGAUCGCGAAGCAUUUCUGGAGCACCUUGUCCACACGCGCCGUCCUUUCUCGCGGCCAUCGCAUCGUGGAAUCGAAGACGACGUCGACCGAGACCUGGCGAGAGGAUCGCGCAGCCGUGGAUUCUUAUUAACCUUCUAUUUCCCGUUUCGUCUGUUUCAGGGCUGACGAAGGAGGCGACCAAGGUCGAGCGGUUCCACGGCCGUUCCGGCCGGGAGUUCACGAUCAUCAGGCGGAACGGGAUGUACGAGUGCCCGACCUGCCAUAAUCUGUACAAAUGGAAGAAGUCGAUGUUGUCCCACUUUCGCAAUCAGUGCAGGCAACCGCCGCGCUUCGAGUGUCCCCACUGCACCAUGAAGAACUACCAGAAGGCCCACAUGAUCCGGCAUCUGCGUGUCCACCAUCCCCAGUUCGCGCAGAUGUUCUGGGACCGGAAGUUGAACGGCUUCUUCCGGCUGUAGCUCGGCAAUCCGAAAUGUUUCUUGAAAUAAAAGCACGACGAGUUCAACACGAGAA